AUGACGACGGAGGCGCCUCCUCAGCAACAUCUGCUCUCUGUCAAUGGCAGAAGAGGCCAAGCAACCCUCAAGACUCUGUCAGAGAUGAUCCCAUUAUCCGGCGCUGCUCAAGAGGAGGGCCUGACCACAAACCACCUGAAGAAAGCAAAGCUUGUGUUCUUCUACACGCGCUAUCCGAGCUCACAGGUGCUGAAGAUGUGCUUCCAUGAUGUGCAGUUCACCCGCUGCAUCACCUCCCAGCUCAUCAAGUGGUUCAGCAACUUCAGGGAGUUUUACUACAUCCAGAUGGAGAAGUUCGCCCGGCACGCUCUGCUGGAGGGGGUGGCGGACGUGAGGGCUCUGACUGUGGGGAGAGAAUCGGAACUUUUCAGAGCUCUGAACACGCACUACAACAAGGCCAACGACUUCCAGGUCCCUGACAGGUUCCUGGAAGUCGCCCAGAUCACACUGAGAGAAUUCUACAUGGCGAUCUCGAUGGGAAAGGAUCGCGAUCCAUCGUGGAAGAAAGCCAUCUACAAGACCAUCUGUAAACUGGACGCCGACGUGCCGCCCGAAUUCAAAAGUCAUCACUCUGGUUAA